CAUCAUAUGGCAAGUAACAACUAGCGAUGGCGAGCGACGAUGACUCCGUAGGGCCAACCUGCUUUAUAGAAGCUCCACCGGAGUUUUUUGAAAACUUCCAGCUGUAGGAAAAGAGUGAUUUCAGAAAUCACAAUCGCCUCCACCCUUAGGCUGUUUCCAGCAGGCCCCCUAUCAGCAUGCGCAUGCGGAAAAUUCGCUUUCUUGGCAACUGUAGCGGCGUCCAGCAGACUGCGGGUGCGAGCGCGCAAAAAACGGAUCGGUCCGGUGCGUACCCCAUUUUCAUUCAUUCUCUCUCAUCCUCGCAUCCAAGAAAAUCAACUGCUUCUUUCCCCAGCCCGCGACUCUUCCGCCCGAGCCUUCCCAGCCCCGGACUCUUCCGCCGAGCAUGAAGGUCGCCUCCCCCGACCACCACAAGCCUGGACUUGGAGUUGAAGGCUAGAUCUCGGAGCACAUAGCAGGGGGAAAGCAGAGAAGCAAGUCAAGAAAGGCGGAAGCAGGGACGACGCACGAAAUCCCUAGGCUCCUCUUCACCCGGGAGUGCCAGUUCUUCGUCGGCUCCGACGACUACAGCUGAUACAAGGGAUUUGGGGGCGCCGUGAUAUUUUCCACCUUGUGGGGAACGCGUACAUCCAGGGAUUUGGGCGCCGGGAAGAAGAUCUAUGCCUACGUCGAGAAGGGUCAAAGGAGUUCGCGAGAUUUCUUGAUUUCUAGGGGAUCAAUGGAGAACGUGUGGCAAGGAAUGGGUAAUUCCUCUCAACCAAUUGGUGAGGUUAAUUACACCCCUGGCAUCGACAUAGGUGAAGCCUACAUGCCCACUGAACAGCAACUUAACAACCUCCCUCCAGAUGGGUCCGAGAACAUGAACACUGCCGUGCCAGCUCAACCUAGCGCCCCCGAAGCACGCAGGAAAGGAACUUCCAAAUGUUUGAAGAACUUCUCAACAAAGGAGGAUGAAUCCUUAUGCUCAGCGUACAUUAAUGUGAGCAAGGAUCCUAUUGUGGGAACCAACCAGCCAAUCCGAUCCUAUUGGGGAAGGAUAAAAGCUUACUUCGAAGAAGAUAGUGAAUGUACCAGGUCCCAGUCUUCCCUGCAGCAUAGGUGGGCUGAUAUCCAGAAGGAUACUUCAAGAUUUUGUGGGUUUUACUCUGAGAUUGAAUGGAAAAACCAGAGUGGCAAGAGCGAUGGUGACAAGGUGAAAGAUGCUCUCCAGAUGUAUGAGGGAAUUGUCGGUACCACUUUCAAGUUCAUUCAUUGUUGGUUUAUAUUAUGCAAUGAGAUGAAGUGGAAUGAGUGGUUCGCUACAGCCUCUGCAAGCAAUGAGGAGCCGACUGUCCAACCUGUGGAGGAAAAUGUAGACCCAACGCUUCCUCCUCGAAUUGAUAGGCCAAAUGGAAGAGACAAGGCCAAGAAGGCGUGCAACAGCACCUCUUCCUCAUCUUCAGCUUGCUUUGAAGUCCCGCAAAAGAUGUCCAUGGAUCGGAGCGCUUAUGAAGAACGGGUUCAGGCUGCAAGCGAAGAGGAGGCUAAAGAAAUCGCUUCUCACUCUGAACGCAAACUCGCUAUACAGGAAGAGCAACUACAAAUCCAGAAAGCCCAAGUGGAGGUACAAAAAGAGAUGCUCCAGUUGCAGAAGGAAGAUCGGGAAGAACGGAUCAUGACCAUGGAUGUCGAGAAGAUGCAACCAUGGGUCCGCGAUUACUACAUCAACAAACAGAAGAAUAUAUCUGCUAUGAGCUUCAGAGAUGAUGGUUCCAGUGGCCCUGGUGGGCAGUAGAUGUGAUUUUAUCAGCUUCUUUAUUGAAUUAUGUGUUGAACUAUGCAUGAAUUUGCUUACUUUGCUUCAUGAGCAUACUUUGCUUGCAGCACACCAAAUGCACGCUCCACAUCCUUCCGGUACUCCGCUUGUUUAAGUGUAAAGUACUUGUGCUUAUUGCUUUGA